UUUUAAAACAUCUCUCUCCCCCUUAAAGAAGACAUCACAAGAAAAAAAUGGCAAACGUCUCCGCCUUGCUCAUGAUAGCUCUCCUCCUUUGCUCCACGCUAAUGUGCUCCGCCCGUCCCAACCCGGCCUUCACUGUCGUCAUCACGACUGCUUCCGAUCCAUGUAACAUGGAGAAGAAGAUGGAAGGAAGAUUAGACGAAAUGGCAGAAGAGAACUGUGGUGACAACGACGAAGAUUGUUUAAUGAGGAGAUCUUUGGUAGCUCAUACUGAUUACAUCUAUACACAGAAGAAGAACAAGAAUCUUUGAUUUUCGAUAAUUUGUUUCUAACAAAAUUUGGCUCUUGUUAAUUUAUGUGAUUUAUGUCAUCCUUAAUUAGAGAUUAUCACAUAGAUCACCAAAAUUGGUAUGGUUGUUAUUAUUAUUUCACAAAAUUAGCAAAGAUCGAUAUCCUUAUGGGUUUUUGCCACACACAAAAAAAAAGAGCGUUUUGAAGAAUACAUUCCAUAUGCUAGUAGUAAUACAUUAGCAGU